AUGUUGGGGCAAUCUUGCCGGAAAGGUGAAGCUAAAAGCACUUAUGGAACUGGUGCUUUCAUACUUCUCAACACAGGUGAAGAGAUAAUCCAGUCAAAGCAUGGGCUCCUAUCCACUUUAGCAUUCAAGCUUGGCCCCAAAGCACCAACAAAUUAUGCUCUGGAGGGAUCAAUUGCUAUUGCUGGAGCUGCAGUUCAGUGGCUCAGAGACAGUCUUGGGAUAAUUAGUAGUGCGAGUGAGAUUGAGGAAUUGGCAUUAAAGGUUGAAUCCUGCGGUGGGGUUUACUUUGUGCCUGCUUUUAAUGGAUUGUUUGCUCCUUGGUGGCGUGAUGAUGCUCGUGGAGUUUGUAUUGGGAUCACAAGGUUUACAAGCAAGGCUCACAUUGCUCGAGCUGUGCUUGAGAGCAUGUGUUUCCAAGUCAAAGAUUUGUUGGAUUCCAUGCACAAAGAUGCAGGGGAGGGGAGUGAGGUUAAGAAUGAGAAGGGGGAAUUCUUGCUUAGGGUAGAUGGUGGUGCUACUGUUAACAGUCUUUUGAUGCAGAUUCAGGCAGACUUGUUGGGAAGCCCGGUCGUGAGACCAGCUGACAUAGAAACAACCGCUCUUGGAGCAGCCUAUGCUGCUAGAUUAGCAGUUGGUUUUUGGACAGAAGAUGAGAUAUUUGCUUCUGAAGAAAAGUUGAAAACUGCAACCAUUUUCCGUUCAACAUUAAAUGAAGAGUUAAGGAAGAAGAAGGUGGAGUCUUGGUGCAAAGCUGUUUCCAGAACUUUUGACUUGGUUGAUCUUUCUCUUUGA